CUAUCAAUAUCUUGCAGACGAUAAUUAUAUAUUGAUUACCUAUAUAAGAGGAAAAGUUAUCAUUUGUGAUUUGUUUUACAAUAAAACUGUCAGUUAAAAUGCGAGUGCUCGUUGCGAUCACGCUAUUAUCAGUAGCAUGGGCUCUGCCGGCCCCAAACGCGCCUGCCGUCUUCGACUUUAGGAGUCUAUUCGCGCCACAAGACGCCGACCUAAGCCAGGACUCCGGCACCGCAGUAAACUUUGUCAACUCCCCAUUGAACGAGGAUGAGGGCAGGGCUGUACACUUUGUAGAUUCACCACAAGAGGAUAUGACAAAUGGGCAUGUCAUUCGCUCAGCUAGCAACUUCGAAGAGAUCAGUGAAGAUGACAACAUUGUUAGAUUCGUUGACAUACCGACCAAUGAGGAAGCUAACGAUGGAGUAGCUAUUGACUUCGUCGACUCGCCUGUGGAACCAAUCUCUGAUGAUUCAAAUGUCGCUCGCUUCUCCGAUAACGGAAUGGCCGUUAACUUCGUUGACACCCCUAUUGAACAGGCUGAUGAUGGUGCUGCAGUUCAUUUCGUUGACAACGUAGAAUCGGCUGCUGAAGACAGUGCGAUAUCCGCCUUUGCGGGUAUGCCACUUAACGAGGAAGUUCAUGAUGAUGGUACAUCGAUUAAUUUCGUAAAUUCACCAAUGAAUGAAAUUUUAGAAGCUGGUGCAGCUGAUAUUAUUCUUAUCGGACACGUGUUUGAACCCAUCAGUGCUUCAGAGCUGGAGACCAUCAAUGUCGAACUUCCCGAAGACUUUUACGAUGUACACUACCCCGGCAAGAUUUACGACAACCCGAUGCUUCGUUAAUAAAAAUAAAGGAACAUAACAUCCUUGAGCACUAUCAUACAAUGAUAACUAUGAAAUUAAAUUAUAUUUUGUAAUUUUUU